AUGGUCCUGGUGCUGAUCCUCCAGCUGCUGACCCUCUUCCCCCCAGCUUUAUACCCCAAGCCAUGGCUGGGAGCUCAGCCGGCUACAGUUGUGACCCCUGGGGUCAAUGUGACCUUGAGGUGCCGGGCACCCCAACCCGCCUGGAGAUUUGGACUUUUCAAGCUUGGAGAGAUCAGUCCCCCCCUCUUCCGGGAUGUGUCCUCCGAGCUGGCAGAAUUCUUUCUGGAGGAGGUGACACCAGCCCAAGGGGGAAGUUACCACUGCUGCUACCGGAGGCCAGACUGGAGGCCGGGUGUCUGGUCCCAGCCCAGCGAUCCCCUGGAGCUGCUGGUGACAGGUGAGCAGUGCCGACCUGCCGCGGCCGUUCUCGUGGCGCUGCCGGGCGUGGGUCCCGGCGUCAACCGUAGCCUGCGCUGCGCCGGCCGCCGGAACAUGAGCUUCGCUGCUGUAGCGCGAGGCGUGGCGGCCCCGCUGACAGUCCGACGCUCCGCGCAAGCCUGGGCUGGAUUCCCGAUGCUGGGCGCCCGCGCUCGGCACUACAGCUGCUACUACCACCACGCCUCCGCGCCCUACGUUGCGUCGCAGCGCAAGCGAUGCGGCUGGUCAAUAGCUAGGAGCCCCCGCAGCCUGCUGGCUGUAGCCCCGAGGAACUGCCCCUUUGACACCCUGUGCCCUACUCUAGCUCCUCCGACUACACUCGGGAACCUUGUUCCGCCUGGCGCCUGGCCGGGUCUGGUCCUCAUCUCCCUGGGCGCACUGGUCACUUUGGACUGGGCGCAGGCCAGAGCCGCGGGUCGCUCGCUGCCCCGCAGCCUGCUGGCUGAGCCCGAGGAACUGCCCUUUGACACCCCUGUGCCCCUGUGCUGGGGCUUCUUUCCGGGCCUUUCCAAGGAGUAG